CUCAACCAUUGCGCAAUAAGGUCUCUUCGAAACAAAAUGGCGAUGUUAGCAGAUAGAAAAGUCAAGCAAAAAUGGAGCCAAGACCCAAGAAACAAAACAUGGAGUACAGACACAGAUCGCUUUGGCUACCAGAUGCUGACCAAGAUGGGGUGGACUAAUGGAAAGGGUCUUGGAGCAAGUGAGAGCGGAUCAACAUCUCAUGUAAAAAUAUCUCUCAAAAAUGAUAACUUGGGUGUUGGAGCCAAAGUUUCUCACGAUGAUAAUUGGCUGGCCCAUCAAGAUGACUUUAACGACCUGCUAGCUCAUUUAAACAAUGAAAAUAAUACUGGUAACUCAAGUGAAGAUCAGUCUUCAAAAAAUGACAUGGAAUCAAUUGCAAGAAAGUCAAAGAAAAGAGUCUUUUAUGAACGAUUUAUUAAAAGCAAGAACACGUCCAGUUAUUCUGCUACAGACAUGGCUUGCAUCUUAGGACAACGAAGCAAGUCUGCUCCUGAUAGUCCUGUAGAUCAUUCAGAGGACGAAGAUUCAGACGACAGUUGUGCUUCUUGUCCAGCUUCGCAAACAACCAAUUCACUUGGCCUUACGAUAAUUAACAGCUCGCAAAGUGUGCAGGAAUACUUUGCCAUGAAAAUGGCUGAACUCAAGAAAAAGAGACAACAAAGUCAAACAAAUGAAGAAAGAACGCAAGAAAAWUCCCCUGAAGAAAAGCAAGAUGAAUUAAACUGUAAUUUGGAAUCUAAUGUUCAAAGAGAUAAAACAAAGAAGAAAAGAAAGCAAAAAAGCGAGGAAAGCAGCAAGAAAAAGAAGAAUACARAAGGAAAUUUAGACGAAAGCUCUCAGAAAGGAGAGCAAUGCAAGGAUAGCGAAAAUGAUAAGAAAAAGAGGAAGGGCAAGAAAAGGGAUCGGGAAGAGAACGAAGAAGUACAAGAAGAAGUUGURGAAAAAAAGAGAAAAAAGAAAUCGAAGGAGGACUACAGUGAUAACUUAGAAGAAAGCACUAUUUCUAAGAAAGGAAAGAAAAAAGAUAAGAAAAAAGUGAAAAAGGAACAAAAUGAAACUGAUAAUACAUCAAUAACAGAUGUUUCUGAGAAACGAAGUUCCAAAAAAGCGAAAAAAAGCAAAAGUGAAGCGAUGGAAAUCGAGGAAACCAGUAAAAGCAAAGACGACAAGAAAUCGAAGAAAAUGAAGAAACAGGCUUCAAAUUUGAAGUAUUGUGAAGAUGGACAAUCGACUGAAAGCAAGAAAAAAUCAAAAACGAAGAAGAAGUCAAAGAAAGUAUAAACUCUCACACCAAAUCGUCACAAUUUACUAUAAAUUUUUAUUUCUGUUUUCUCUGGAGAAUACUACAUUUUAUAGCGAUAUUCAAAGUAUAUAUUGUAUAUUUUAAAACGCCUUGAAAUAAUGAAUGAAAUAUAAUCAUUGCUGCGAUAGAAAACUUGUUUCGUUCAAAAAUGUUUUUCACUUCGAAAGUCAUAAUUGCAUUUCAAUCUUAGCUUUGGGGCGCGAACGAGUGAGAGAUUUUCAACAUGAGAAGAUAAAAUUCGUAUCUCCAAGCGACCAUGUAAUAUU